AUUGAUCCCAACUGACUACUUUUUCCCCCCCCUAAUUCUGGAAUUCUCUUGCAGUUUGCUGCAAGUUCGAAAGGCAAAACUCCUUACUCCCCGUUCUUGGCGGCAAGAGUGGACCAACUCCCACAUCCGGCCUUGCGUGUCCCAAUUUCCAACCUUUUUUCCUUUCUCCCCCCGCUCUUCCCUUCCAAUUUCACCCACAACAAGGGGAAAAGUCGAUCUUUCUUGAAAAUCAUUGAUUAAAUUCCUAUACGCAUUGACGGCUUCCCCUAAAACCCUUGGAAAGUAUCAGCCCCCUUUUCAUGAUAACGUGCACGACUUUGCAUCCGUGAGCGAUUUUGCAUUUUUCUUCUCCGAACACCGCCCGUUGCCGUGGUGUCUUCUCUUCCGACUCGCACACUCCAUGUCCGAAUAGCUCCGUGCGUAUCUGUUCGAUCUUAGGGAUUUUACGUGCCCACAUUCCUCCGGUCUCGCCAAGGAUUCUUCCAAAUGAGUUAUCAACAACCGGACAUGUAUCACGAUCCUUCCGCGCGUUCCCCUGGCUCCCAGCGGCAUCAACAACCCCUCCACCGCCAGCCUUCGCGCCAGUUUGAUGCUUAUGGUGCUAUGCCUGUAAACCUGUAUGAAGAUCAGAUGGCUCGGUACGAGUCUGCUAGGUUGGAGCGGUUAAACCCACCCAUGCAAAACAACAACUCCUACUCUUACGAUCUGUCCGGAUCGCAGACCUGGAACCCAAAUGGCUUUGCCAACGCUCAAACCCUUGGUGGCAUUCGGUCGGCUUCCGCCAGCCUGAAGCCUGCCGCUCGAGGACGCACUGCGUUGCCUACGACUUGGCUUGAUCAGCAACCGGGAAUGCCUAAUGCCUUCUCCAACCUGGGCCCCGGUCCCAUCCAGAGCAGCGCGAUGCGCCCGGAAGCAUCGGCUUCAUCCGAGGGCGAUGACGAACUCAUCCCGACUGCGAUCGUCAUCAAGAACAUCCCAUUUGCCGUGAAGAAGGAACAGUUGGUGCAGCUGAUGACCGAGUUGAAUCUGCCCUUGCCCUAUGCCUUCAACUACCACUUUGAUAACGGGGUGUUCCGUGGACUGGCUUUCGCCAACUUCACUUCUGCCGAGGAGACCGCCACCGUGAUCGACGUGCUGAACCACUUUGAACUCCAGGGCCGGAAACUGCGUGUCGAGUACAAGAAGAUGCUGCCACUGCAGGAACGCGAGCGGAUUGAACGGGAAAAGCGAGAGCGUCGCGGCCAGCUGGAGGAGCAGCACCGUCCUAUGCCUUCCCAACUGCACACUCAGAGUUCUAUGACUUCGUUGAACUCGCACAUUCCAGCUACCUCGCCUUCACCUGUGUCACAGCGUGGUGGUGUUAGCCACGGCCAGAAAUUGGACGUCGACUUGAAUGAUGGCCAAACUCUUCAAUACUACUCUCAGCUCCUUUUAUUCAAGGAAGACACCACCCGCGAUUCCGUGUUGUUCCCCUCGAACUUGACUCCUUCCCAGCGACGCACGGUUCACACCCUGGCUCAUAACAUGGGGUUGGCCCAUGCCUCCCGCGGAAGUGGAGAUCAACGCCAGGUCCAGGUACUGAAAGUCGCUGCUGGCACCAAUGUGAGCCCACCGUUGCAGCCUAUUCCUCCCGCCGGACAGUCCGACAGCUCUCGCCGCGGACUGAACCGUGCCGCCACCAUUGAUUUUAGUGAGGCUCGUAACGAAGCCGGUCAAGGGGCUUUUAACACCCUUCGUGGGCAGACAUCGGGUUUCCUCGGUGUGCUGGACUCCCCCGGCAACUUUGCCAACACCCAGAACCUCCGUGCCGCCAAGUCUUUCGCCGACUUGCGCUCCUACACCCCUUCCCCCGUUCCUUCCUCCGCUAGCUUCCCCGCCGCGUUGCAGUCCAACGGCACUCGCCUCCAGUACGACGGCACCCCCACCGGCGCCUCCAACACCCCUACUCUCACCUCCGCGCCUUCCGGCUCUUCUCUCGGCAUGCAGCGUGACGAUAAUCUGUUGGUCAACAGUCUGGGCGGCCUUUCACUGGGUACGGGCAUCGGAGGCCCGAACUCGAGCCCCCGACGAUUGCGUGGUAUGUUCUCCUGGGACCAGGACAGCCAGCCCUCUACAACAGGCGCCAUUGGUAGCAACCGUGGAAUGGGAGUCGGAUUUGACACCGCUCAGCAGGAGCGCAUGCCGAUUCGCCAGCCUCGUGGACCGACCCCCGAGAAGCCCGGUUUCCGUCGCCAAGGACACCAGGCUCGCGGCAGUGAUGAGCUACGCGCCAGCUCCGGCGUCGAGAUCAUCGUGGAGUAAUUCUUUUACGAAAUGGCGAUCCCCCACCCUGUUUUUUGCCAUCCGACUGCUUUGCCGAGACGAAUACGAACUUGUAUCACGAGGCCUUCUGCGAAAUUACCGGCUUACGAUUCGAUGAGGGAUGACGAGAUGACAACCAAAAAAAAAGACCAGAAAAAAUCCUUUGUUUCGCUGAUCCAGCCAAGUUUAGACUUAUUAUUUGGGGCAGCCCAGCAAUCACCCACACCGUUGGAACGAUAUGUGAACUUUUCCCCCAGAAACUCGCCAUGGGUCCUCCUGUUUUUUUUCAUUUUUCGAGUAAACUCUGGCUCUUUCUAUUCUAUUUAUUCUGUUUUGCGGGCGCCGUUGCAUGCAAAUCCCAUGGCUUGUUUUGUGUUCCCACGCUGGAGCGGAUCAUGACCCCGCCGCUUGGUACGGGACGCAUACGAAGAAUGACCAAAAGACCCUGCCGCUGGUAGGAAACGACAAUAUCAGCAUCUGCAUAUUCUUGCCUGUUUAGUGUUGUACAUGGGCGACUCGCAUCUAAUGUUGUUCUAGCCCUUCCUUCUUCUUUCUUUCUUUUAUGGCCUGAUCUCCUAAUACAACCUCAUGUCAGCACUUUUGACUGGCUUGGCCUCGGAGAUGGCCUUUAUACGCC